AUGCAUUUCAACACCAUCAUCAUCUCCCUCUUCAUCACCCUGGGGCUCAGCCUCCCCAUGUUCCCCAACCCCCGCCCAUACAUCCCAAGCGGCAUGGGGACUCUCCCCCUCAUCACCACCAGCGACUUUGUUGUCGCACGGGCAAGCCCCAACGACGUCGAUGACGAAGUUGUCAUCCCCGACAAAUGGAGGCACACUCACGGCAAACUGUUUGAAGAGACAAAGGCAGAGAAGGUGGUGGUUCAGAAGAGGGAUUUGGGGGACUGCAAGGAGGCCUGGAGCCUACGUUGA